AUGUUACAUCUUAUUGGCUCCACUAACCAAACAGUGCUGAACCUGAACCUAGUGAAAAAUAAACAAGCCCCAAACUUCUGGAGCAUGCUCACACCAGCCAUUGCUGCUUUCCUUAUUCCAGGUGUGGGGAAAGAAAAUCCUGUCGGGGGAGGGGAGGGUGUCUACUUUACAUCUGCUCUCAUCUUCCUAGGUGACUGCGGCCCACCUCCAGAAAUACCUAAUGCCACGCCAGAGGUGGAUGGAAAAACCAGUUUUCCCGAAAAAAGCUUUGUGGUAUAUUCAUGUAAUAAAGACUAUCGAAAAAUUCCAGACAAGCAAGACACAGUGUCCUGUCAAAAUGAUCAAUGGUCGAGUCUGGACACAUUCUGUAAUAAAAGCUGCAGUGCUCCAACAAGAGUGACUUUUGCAUCCCUCAAAACGGAAUAUAUCGAUUUGAAUUAUUUCCCGAUUGGUAGCACUGUGCAAUAUAAGUGUCGGCCAGGAUUUCGAAAAGUACCUUUACUGUCAGUUAAAUCAACUUGCCUUGAUAAUUUAGAAUGGUCCACAGUUGCUGAAUUUUGUGAAAGAAAAUCAUGUCCUAAUCCUGGAGAAUUGCAAAAUGGUAAUAUCAACAUACCAACGGACAUAUUAUUUGGUUCAGAAAUAUAUUUCUCAUGCAACACAGGGUACAAGCUAGUUGGUGUAGACUCUGUCUUCUGUUACGUUACGGAAAAGACUGUCGAAUGGAGUGACCAAUUCCCAGAGUGCAUAAAAAUUCUUUGUCCAGAUCCACCACCAAUUAACAAUGGAAAUAUACGAGGAGAAAGUGAAACUUACGGCUAUAGACACACUGUCACCUAUACAUGUGCCAAAGGCUUCGUCCUGGUUGGAAACAGUUCCAUUUAUUGUACCGUGAAAGAUGAUCAAGGAGAAUGGAGUGACCCAGCACCCAGGUGCAUAGAGAAAUACAAGAUCCCAUCAACAACUCCGAAAUCAACAACAGUUACUGUUCCAACUACAAGAGUUCCAUUAACGUCUCCAAAACCAACCAGAGCAACACAGCAUGUACCUGCUAUCAAGACAACCACACAUCAUCCAACAAGAACAACUAAAGAGAAAGGAAGGUCUACCUCAGGUGGUGACCGUCUUAUAACUGGUAAGUUUGACUCACAGGGAGUUAAAAGAAAUUGCCAACACUGUGGGAGGCCUAAUCAGUAUCUGUGGAAGAGAAUUUUAUCUUUUAACUGUCUGAGGAAAACUAUAAAGAUGCGGUGUCUAUGGGCACCCAAGGGAAGAUGGGUCCAUGCAUUUUACCAGCAUGUUUUGUGGACACCGUUAGGCACCCGGUAUGCUCCAUCAUAUUCCCAGCAGUGUUCUUGUUCUAAGGAAGCCAUAGGACAGCUUCAGAUCAUUUGGCCAGUCAGUCGGGUAGCACUGACGGCCCAGUGUGUCAGUAUGCUGUCUUAGGGACAGAAGAAGGAUAAAAGCAGCUGUCAAUACAGUUUCUAUCCAAAGAGCUGUGUAAUUAACUGGCUCUUGUUUUAAACUCUUGAUCUGAAACUCCAGUUUUAAAUCUCUGUUACAGUCCAGAUGUGACAGGGCUCAUUCUCGAUGACAGCUCCCUCCACCUCUAAUAAUCAUUUUGUUCUCUUAAAAAUAUAUUCUGUCCUGGGUGGUAGCACACGCCCUUAAACCCAGCACUCGGGAGGCAGAGGCAGGCGGAUCUCUGUGAGUUCGAGGCCAGCCUGGUCUACAAGAGCUAGUUCCAGGACAGCCAGGGCUACACAGAAAAACCCUGUCUCGAAACACAGCAAAACCAAACAAACCAAAUAUAUGUUCUUAAUGCUGAUAUAGCCAAUGAGGGUAAAAAUGUCAGUGUUGAAUUUCCCUAGCAUUUGCACAGGUUUUUUCUUUGUACAGUAUUGUUUACUGCUAUUUAUUAACAAGGUCAACAAACCCCUGAACAAAAUAGUAAGAGAAAUUGUUAAGUAGCAAUAUAGCAAAGUAGAUCCUGAAGUAAUGUGCAACUGAAAAUACCCUAUUAUGAAAAGCUGUUUAUUUUAAAACUAUGUGCUUACCAGUGAUGUCCCUAUUUCCUACAUGAACAUGUCAGCCAAGGGACAUGAACCUGAAAGUGGAGACUUAGUUUCUAUUGUUACUUUUACCAGUGUUUGCCACAUUUGGUCUAUGUUUAAGCUAAGUGUUCAUUAGAAAUAGCUCAGCAGGUGGGAUUGCUUGUGUUCAUUUUAUAUUUUAUAGAAAUAAAUAUACUCUAAGCUAACAAAAAAUCUUCUGAUUUAAUGCUUUGUAGAAGUGAUGAGUUCAAUGCCCGAGUUUCUGUUACUUACUUCGUGGUCUUUGUGGAGAUUUGAAAUACUUAUUAUUUCAUGUUUUUUAAAUAAAUGUAGUUUUUAUAGUGCAAUUCAGGUCUUGCACAUAUCAGGCAAAAGCUCUGCUGAUGAAUGGCACCCCUCUACUCUAGUUCACACUGAAAUUCUUCAAAUGUGUGCACUUCUUUUCAGGAGACUUUCUUCAGGGUAUGUUGGGAUUUACCUGUGUUUUGACAACUCAUUCUUGCAGUCAGACAGCUGGUGAAAGUGUUACUUCGCAGAUUUACCCUUGAAUCAGGUCAUUACCUCCCACCCUGCAGAGAAGAUGGUUAUUCCUUCAUUCUCUCACCAUAGACAACUGGGAGUGUUUUUCACUUAAUUUUUAGUGGGUGUGCAGAGAAGUGAGUGUCCCUUGGAAGUUUUUAUGUGUAUUUAUAAUUAUGCUUUAUCCCUGGGAAAAUGCUUUUGCCGGUUAUAUGGUAAUACACUAGAAAAUUUGCAGUUUUCCCCACUUAAUUCCCUCUAAGUGAAUGUAGAAAUCAUUAGAGUUCCUUAAUUUGCCUUAGAAAUGCCAUUGGUGUGGAUUUUAAAUGUUUGGACACUGGCUUUGCCAGGGCCAGUCCCUGCCCCAUCUCUGUCUUGUCUUCCUCCGCUAAGAAUCUCUUCAGGCAUUUUCCCCCUGAUUUAUCACCACACAUGAAAUACUAAUUCCACCCCCACACUGUAAAUCAGUUUAUUCUGUCUAUAUGCCUGUACUUUGUGCAUAUAUAAAAAUAAUUUUCCUGUACUUUUUACAUAUAUAAGAACCCCUUUUCCAAAUGUAACCUCGACAGUCUCAGUUAUUCAUGAUGGAUCACAUGUCAUGCUGCUAGAUUCACAAGUGAGACAUUGUGAAAAGAUGGGGCAAGCCCACAUGAUGUGACAAGCACCAUUUAAGGAACACCAGUUGACAGAAACAUGUCUGACUUGAUUUUUAGCCAGGAAAUGAUAGUCUAUAUAUUAAUCAGAACCUCGCCUGAUAUAUAGGUUUUUUGAAUAAUUCCACAUAUUUUAAAAAUCAUGCAUAUAUUUUUAUUAUUAUGUGUGUGGGUUUGCGCACAUGAAUGCAGAAGUGUUGGAUCCACUGGAGCUGUUAGUGACCACUUGUGGGUGUUGGGAACUGAACUUAGCGCCUCUACAAGAGGAGUGCUUGCUCUCAACUGCUGAGCCAUCUCUCCAGCAUAUCUAAUAUUUUCAUCCAAAUGUUAUGAGCCAUCAAAACUGUGGCCUGAACUUCGGGUUAAAAGUAAGGUUUUUGUUAGCAAUGCAGAACAAUAAUGAACAAAAAUCUUCAUUAUUUGAGCAUAGAUAUGUUGAUUCAUGCUUUUGAAAUAGCUUUUCAUUUCUGCCACCCUGGCAGGUUCAUGUUUAUAUUUUCUAUCUUCAUUUUUCCUUCAAAUUCUAAGUUAGACAUUGAAGUAAUGAGAUUCAUGAGAACUUGGGAGAGGAAGGGAAUCGCAAAACUUUGGAGCAAUCUGGAUUAAAUUGUCUUUCUGAACUAAUAGUGUGGGGCUGGGGGAUCAGUUAAAGAAGCAGCAGGUAAGACGCUGUACAAGUCCCCCUGUCGUGGGAAUCACUGAUUCUCAAGUUGUGCACACAAGCACAGUUGUGCAACAUCCGUGCUUGGGUUAUUAGACGUGUCAGCUUUGCUUGCUGUUCUCUGGUCAUCUGCAGUCCCCUUUGGAGUACAAAUCAAACGAGUGGAGUCUAGGGACAGAGAGCGGGGCAGAAAGGAAAGGGGGGGAAAGGCUGAUGCGAGGAGACAGCAGGUGGAGCAUUUGCCCAUCGUGUGCAAGACCCUGCCUUCCAUUCCAGACCAGAACCAAACAAACAGCAGCAAACCAGGCUAUGAAAGUAGUGGAGCACUUACCAAAUUCCCUUUGCUGUUGUUCCUCUCCAAAGGGCUCUUGUAGUAAGGUAAAUCCCGUACCGAGAUGGGAUUGUGCGUGCAGUGGCAGAGCCCUGAGAAGCGUACUCUGCAGGCAAAGUCAACACUGUUUGCUCUGUAGUCCCGCGGCCGCAUCUUCCCCGUGGGGGAACGUCAUGUGUUGGUUAUGGGCUCUACAAACGGCCUCUUUACAAAACGUACAUAGCUUUUCCCUGAGGUUCAAAUUAUUUACCUACCGAAUGUGAGUGAAUUCCCGGGUACCUUCUAGAUCUAAAUUUGCAUCUUUUGUCAGCACCUUCCACUGACUGAUCAGCAAAGCACAUCAGUUGGAGCAAGGUUAUGUGGACACACUGCCCAUUGCUCCCAGUGCUGUCAGGUCUUACUACUGAAGCACUGAGACGGCUCAAGUAAUUUACUUGUUUCUCCUUCCAAGAAGACAAGUGAGUGACGUGCAGUAUUUAUUACUGGGUCUCUGGCAUGAGGAAACCACAUGCAAAAUGCAAUUCAUUUCUCCUGUU